CAUCACAAGGAGAGAUUUUAUUACAGCAUAAUCACACCUCAGCUGAGCCCUCAGCCUAGGUUCAUCGGCAGUUGUCACCAGAAGCUUUACCUCCUAGGAUGGCGGACAGUCUCCCCACACAGUUUGAUGUGGUUAUAAUAGGGACAGGUUUGCCCGAAUCCAUCCUUGCAGCUGCAUGUUCAAGAAGUGGUCAGAGGGUUCUGCAUAUUGAUUCAAGAAGUUACUAUGGAGGAAACUGGGCUAGUUUUAGCUUUUCAGGAUUGCUGUCCUGGUUGAAGGAGUAUCAGCAGAACAGUGACAUUGGGGAAGAAAGUAAUGCUGCAUGGCGAGACCUGAUCCUUGAAACAGAAGAAGCCAUCACUUUUUGCAAGAAGGAUAAAACCAUUCAGCACACAGAAGUUUUUUGUUAUGCUGGUCAGAUUGUGGAGGACAAUGUUGAGGAGCUUGGUGCUUUGCAGAAAAAUCCUUCUUCCAUGACAUCUAGUACCCUCACCGAACUUCUGGAUUCUUCAUGCUCACCUGAAGAAAAGCACAAAUAUUUUACUAGCUAUGAAAUGCCUGCCAAACACACUGAAAACAGUGAUAGAGAGAUUUCAACAGAAGUAAUGGAUGUAGAGGAAUCGCUGGAGAAAGGAAAGUAUCGUGGAGAUAAAACUUGUACGUGCACAAUUUCAGAUGGAGAUAAAGGUGAAAACAAACCUGCAGAAGACAAUACUGAUCAACCAAAGAGAAAUAGGAUUACUUACUCUCAAAUAGUUAAAGAAGGCAGGAGGUUUAAUAUUGAUUUGGUGUCAAAGCUGCUUUAUUCUCAAGGAUUGCUAAUUGAUCUUUUAAUCAAAUCAAACGUUAGUCGUUAUGCAGAAUUUGAAAAUGUCACUAGGAUUCUUGCAUUUCGGGAAGGAAAGGUGGAACAGGUGCCUUGUUCCAGAGCAGAUGUGUUUAAUAGCAAAGAACUCACUAUGGUUGAAAAGAGGAUGCUAAUGAAAUUUCUCACAUUUUGUUUAGACUAUGAACAACAUCCAGAUGAAUACCAAACUUUCAAGCAAUGUUCAUUUUCAGAAUACUUAAAGACCAAAAACUUAACCCCCAACCUCCAACAUUUUGUACUGCACUCGAUUGCAAUGACAUCAGAAUCAUCUUGCUCUACAAUAGAUGGCCUUAAAGCAACGAGAAACUUCCUUCAGUGUCUUGGACGGUUUGGCAACACUCCCUUUUUAUUUCCCUUGUAUGGCCAAGGAGAAAUUCCCCAGUGUUUCUGCAGGAUGUGUGCAGUUUUUGGUGGAAUCUAUUGUCUUCGCCAUAAAGUGCAAUGCCUUGUAGUUGACAAAGAAUCUGGAAGAUGUAAAGCAAUUAUAGAUCACUUUGGUCAAAGAAUAAAUGCUAAAUAUUUUAUUGUGGAGGAUAGUUACCUUUCUGAGGAAACAUGCUCAAAUGUGCAGUAUAAGCAGAUCUCUAGGGCAGUGCUCAUUACAGACCAGUCUAUACUAAAGACAGAUUCAGAUCAGCAGAUUUCCAUUUUGAUUGUUCCUCCAGCAGAACCAGGAACUUGUGCUGUUCGGGUCACAGAAUUAUGUUCUUCAACCAUGACAUGUAUGAAAGACACCUAUCUGGUACAUCUGACCUGUUCAUCUUCCAAAACUGCAAGAGAAGACUUAGAAUCAGUGGUGAAGAAGUUAUUCACCCCAUAUGCUGAGAUAGAAAUAGAAAAGGAAGAACUUAGAAAGCCAAGACUCUUGUGGGCUCUUUAUUUUAAUAUGAGAGACUCCUCAGGAAUCAGCAGAAGCUUAUAUAGUGGCUUACCUUCCAAUGUUUAUGUCUGCUCUGGGCCUGACUGUGGACUAGGAAAUGAACAUGCAGUCAAGCAAGCUGAAACACUUUUCCAGGAGAUCUUUCCAAAUGAAGAAUUCUGCCCUCCACCUCCAAAUCCAGAAGACAUUACCUUUGACCGUGAUGAUAAGCAACCACAGGCUCUUGGAACCGAUGAUACUACAAUGGCCAAAGUAGAAUCUUCUGAGGAAAGCAAAAACCCAGAAAACCAAGGGGAGCACCUUAAAAAUUAGAAAAAAACAC